GGAUGGGUAUAGGGAUGGAUAGAUAGAUGGACUGAUGGAUGGAUGGUUGGAUGAUAGAUAGAUAGAUAGAUAGAUAGACAGACAGACAGACAGAUAGAUACUAUGAUAUUAAUCAUAGUUCAGUUAGAGUUUCUGUAUGACAUCAUUUUGUAUCAUGGGAAAUGAGACUGCUUCUUAUGCAAAUGAACAGGAAGACUUUAUAAUUCGGUUGUGUGAGUAGAAACCGCUGCCUCUCAUCCUGUUCAAGACAUUUACUACAGUAGAUCUUGCAGGUGCUCAACAGGAAAUCUGGUGUCUUAUUUUCAGUCUUCAAAGUUGAGCUGACAGCUAUGAAACUCAUUUUGCUGUGUAUUUUUGGCUUCAGUUUAGAUUUUGCCGCUAAAUGCCAAGAGAAUCUUUAUGGAUUGAACGGAAAAUCAAUCCAUCUGAGCAUCAGUCUCAAAAAUCAGUCUAAAGUUGUAUGGCGACGGUUCAACAGGAAAGAGUUGCUUGCAAACUCAGAUGGAGUUCCCCCUGAUUAUGAGAAAAGAAUGAAAUUAAACUUGUCAGAUUGGUCUUUGACAAUACACAACCUUGAGGUAAAUGACAGUGGACUAUACGAGGCCCUUACAAACUGGGAGCGAGACACAGUUGCUGCUUUCGCACUUACAGUGGAGAACACUGUCUCUGAGCCUGUAAUUGAAGUGAUUCCCCAUGAUGUUAAUUCGUCUGCUGGAGUGUGUCGGGCUACAGUGAACUGCUCCGUUGAUGGCAGCUGGGCCACGUAUGACUGCGACCUAAGUCGCUGUGAGAAGAAGACAAAUUCCUCCAUCAACAUCACUGUCACUGUACUGGACAGCAGAGGCUUCCAGUGCCACGCCAACAACAAUGUGAGCAAGAAUCAUUCUCGGGCUGUCAGCAUUAUGUGCCGUGAAAAACAGCAAAGUGAUUUGCCCCCUCCACCACACCUCAUCUCUUGGAUCGCUGUCACCGUUGGUACCAGUGUGGCGUUGGGUUUGUUUAUUGGUUUGAUUGUAGUAAUUGUCAAGAAAAGAGAGUCUUCAAAAGUUUAUCCACAGUCCAGUCAUGCUGUGACAGGCCGCAGCAUCAAUACAGUGAUUGAACAGCAUGAAACGAUCUACAGCACAGUGCAAAAACCAGACGCAUUCCAGAAUCCUCCAGGAAACAACACUGACAGCAACACAGAAGGGACUGUCUAUGACAUUCCAACACGACAUCACAAGGCCUGUCAAAUACACAGUGUGGUGGUAGAAAAUGAGGAGCAACAGCGAUCUGGACACGACAGAACUGUUAAAGUAAAAGCUACUGUACAUCAGGCAGCAGAACCCGAAUCAGAACAAAUGAACACGGUUUACUGCAAGCUAGGAGAGAUAUGACACACACCGAUACUGUACACGCCAGAGACGUCACCUCAGUGGUGACUUAAACCACAGAAGAUCCAUGUGAGAAGAAAAACUUGUACAUUUUGUGUGUUUUUUAUUACUGAAUAGAUGAAUUGGCGCUCAGUUAAGCAUUUAAAUGGUCAUUGAUGGAUGCUUACUGCAUAUUGUGCAAAAUACACUGUAUGCUGCCUGCUAUUUUUAUUAAAAUAGUAUGUGAAACAGUAUGCAUUACACUCUUAAAAAUAAAGGUUCCAAAAAGUUUUUUUUAGCAAAGCAAUUCAUAGUUUCCAGUCAUAUGACUAGCACAGAGACCUCGGAGAGGUCUAUCAGUUUUCCAUCUCAAAAGAAGAAAAACAAAAUAUGCAAACAAAAUGCAAGUUGAUGUGAUCCAUAUACAUCACCUGCUGCAGUGUUUCAAUCAAUAAAACAGCUGGAUAUUCUAAAACACUUAGCACUUAUGCACCAAAACAGUGAUAUUAUAAGAUCGAAUUCAGUAUUGAUGAUGCAUACUAUAUACAGACAAGCAGGUAAGCCCAGAAUACAAACUGAAAACAGUGUUAAAUGGUUAAGCAUUUUCUUUUCUAUGCUUAUUUUCUAAAGGUUCUAUGGAUUUUAAAGGUUCUUCAUGGAACCAUUGAUACCAAUAAAGAACCGGUAUUUGUAAGAGUGUGUGCGAUAUUCAGAACAGUCCAGUGACCUCAUUGUGUAGCAUGUUUAAUCCAGCAAGUUGUUAUCUCUGAAAAAAGCUAAUUUUUUUUCACUUUUAAUUCCAUUUUGUGUUAUAAUGUCAUAAUUGUUUUGAUUAAAUAAUGAGUCAAGGAACAAAUGUUAAAAAUCACAGCAUGUGCCGUAUAUAGUUCAUUCAUCACACUUGCACAUUUUGGCAAAUGCAAUAGUUGGUCAUCCAAAUAUUUAAUGCAAACAAAUAUUGCAUACUGAUACUGUGCACAGUAUUGUUACUGUUAUACAUUACACAUUCUCUCAAUCGCACUGCGUGAUGUUUAAUAUUUCUUUGGUGCUCAGGUUUGAAUGAAUCUAAUCAUUGCUCAUUAUAGUGUCCUAUAUGAAUCUGGGGGUGACAACACUUUAGUUAUGAAUGGAGAUGAAAUAUUUUAAUGUAAUACUAAAGUUUUAUUUUUGUAAAAUAAAGGCAAUUUUAGAGUAA